AUGGAGAAAUGCGAGUACAACCAUAGGUUGUCUCGAAAAGGGUACGUUGGUUUGGAGGAUGAAUUGGAAGAAACCAUGCCCGGUGAAGAAAUCGAUCGAUCUAUGCUAUGGAAAAAGGCAAGAGAAGAUAAACAGGGAAACAUCCCUGAUCCAAAGGUUGUAGAGAAGGCAAAAUUAAUCGAUGAUUUGAAAAAACAAGUCUUUGAGGGCACUUUGACUGUCUCUGGGAGCAACGAUGUUUUGACCUUGGCUUUAGGAACCCCUGAACAUGGUGGGAGAGUCAGACGUGUUGGAGCUGGGGUUUCCCCAACUCAAUUCUUCAAUUUGCCAAGACAGUAG